GUGGCAAUCACACGUUGAUUUUUCUCGACCAAUCACAAAGACAUCGGCACCCUCUAUCUAGUAUUUGGUGCUUGAGCCGGUAUAGUAGGCACAGCCCUAAGUCUACUAAUCCGAGCAGAACUCAGCCAACCUGGCGCCCUACUAGGGGAUGACCAGAUUUACAACGUAAUCGUUACAGCUCACGCCUUUGUAAUGAUCUUCUUUAUAGUAAUGCCAAUCAUGAUUGGAGGGUUCGGAAAUUGACUAAUUCCCCUAAUGAUUGGAGCCCCCGAUAUAGCAUUCCCUCGAAUGAAUAACAUAAGCUUCUGACUCCUCCCUCCAUCAUUCCUCCUCCUCCUUGCUUCUUCUGGAGUUGAAGCUGGCGCUGGAACCGGGUGAACUGUCUACCCUCCUCUAGCAGGUAACCUAGCCCACGCAGGUGCAUCUGUUGACCUUACCAUCUUCUCCCUUCACCUAGCUGGGAUCUCCUCUAUUCUGGGGGCAAUCAACUUCAUCACAACUAUUAUCAAUAUAAAACCAGCUGCCGUUUCUAUGUACCAGAUUCCUCUGUUCGUGUGAGCCGUACUAAUUACAGCUGUCCUCCUUCUCCUCUCCCUUCCCGUUCUAGCUGCCGGAAUUACCAUGCUCUUAACAGACCGUAAUUUAAACACCGCCUUCUUUGACCCUGCAGGAGGUGGGGAUCCCAUCCUCUACCAACACCUGUUCUGAUUCUUCGGCCACCCCGAAGUAUAUAUUCUGAUCCUCCCCGGCUUCGGAAUAAUUUCCCAUAUUGUUGCCUACUACUCAGGCAAAAAAGAGCCUUUCGGCUAUAUGGGUAUGGUAUGGGCUAUGAUGGCCAUCGGCCUUCUAGGCUUCAUUGUAUGAGCUCACCACAUGUUUACAGUCGGAAUGGAUGUAGACACCCGAGCCUACUUUACAUCCGCCACAAUAAUUAUCGCUAUCCCGACUGGUGUAAAAGUCUUCAGCUGGCUCGCAACUCUGCACGGAGGUGCUAUUAAAUGGGAAACCCCUCUACUAUGGGCCCUUGGCUUUAUUUUCCUCUUUACGGUAGGUGGACUAACUGGAAUUGUCCUGGCUAAUUCCUCUCUGGAUAUUGUGCUCCACGACACUUACUAUGUAGUUGCCCACUUCCACUACGUACUUUCAAUGGGUGCCGUCUUCGCCAUUGUUGCAGCCUUUGUACACUGAUUCCCCCUGUUUACGGGCUACACCCUUCACAGCACAUGAACAAAAAUCCACUUCGGAGUUAUAUUCGUCGGUGUUAACCUUACCUUCUUCCCUCAACACUUCCUAGGACUGGCUGGCAUGCCUCGACGAUAUUCAGACUACCCAGAUGCUUACGCACUGUGAAACACAGUCUCCUCUAUCGGAUCCUUAGUUUCUCUAGUAGCAGUUAUUAUGUUCCUAUUUAUCAUUUGAGAAGCAUUUACCGCCAAGCGAGAGGUUCUCUCAGUAGAACUAACCGCCACAAACGUGGAAUGACUACAUGGCUGCCCUCCACCUUACCACACAUUUGAACAGCCUGCAUUCGUUCAAGUACGAUCACACUAA